UCGAUAGAGGGACAAAAUUGGAAAAUCAGCAAACUCUAAAACUAGGGUUUUUCAUAUGUAACACAAACCCUACAAAUACUUCUCAUCCGCCGGAAAUUCAGAGGAGAGAGAAUUUUACAAAAGCUUAAUUCGGCAGAGGGGAUUUUCAAGCUCAACAAAAAUGCCGAAGCAGAUCCACGAGAUCAAGGACUUCCUUCUCACUGCCAGAAGGAAGGAUGCACGAUCAGUCAAGAUCAAGAGGAGCAAGGAUGUUGUGAAGUUCAAGGUUCGCUGCUCCAAGUACCUAUACACACUUUGUGUGUUUGAUUCCGAGAAGGCCGACAAAUUGAAGCAAUCUCUUCCCCCAGGUUUGAGCGUGCAGGAUUUGUAGAUUACAUGAACUAUGGAGUGUGAUACCUUUGGUCGAGACUCUGAUCGAGCUUUUUUCUAUACUUUUUUUGCUGCAUGAGUUUAGAAAUUCAUGUCAAGAAGUUCUGUUUUUCGGAGAAAAGAGUAUUAUUAGUAGGUGCUUUUGUCACUCGGAUUAUUGCGAUUUUGCAGGAAAUACAAUGGCUUUGUUUUUCUGUA